AUGACUGCUUCUGCUGUUGCUGCUUGCAUGGCUCCCUUACUUUUACGGCCGCCUCUCUUAGUCGGAGAAUGUGAACUGGAGGAUGAAUUUGAUGGUAGUGGUGAUAGUUCAGCUCAGCUUCUUGCCGUCGCUAAUGCCGCAAAUAACACUCAAGACAUUAAAAGUUUGAGUGUCUUUCAUACCAUGUUGCUAAGACAUGCUGCAAUGGUUAUUUGUCCUUGUGAUUCAAAAAGCACCGAGGCAUCGACAAGCUUAUCGGUAGAUGAACUUGGCAUUGUUGAUUCUGGUUCAUUGCCUUCUACCUCAAGGGCAGCAGAGGUGACAGAUUAUACAAGACAUCCAUCUGUAGCAUCUUCAACAUUAGUAGAGUUAACGACCCGUCUCGAUUUUUUCAAGAAAAGGCGUUCGCAGUUGAUGGAACAACUCCAUAACCUUGAUUUGAACUAUGGUUCUACAAAUUCCCAAGAUUUUGUCUAUAAACCAUCAUCACCAUCAUGGAGUUGACCUAGCCAAACAAAUAGCUUCAUAAAAUUCUUGGGGAAUAAUUUUGGCUGACAUGUUGUAUAUCC